AUGGAGCUUAAGCAUCGCCACGAUUCCCAGAGCCAGCCAGAGAACAGGACACGAGUAGAGGAAGAGCCAGAACACCUUGGAGUCCAGGGGGUUGACAUACCUGCUAGGGUCGGCGGUCUCGAACACCCAGACGGACUGGCCGAGAUCGUUGGCCUCGUUCCACCACCGCAGCCCCACCAUCAGCCGGCCAGAUAUGUUUUUCACGUUCCAGAAGUCGGCGGCGAGAAGAAGCAUGGUGACGAUGAAGUUGAGGAUGUAAUUGGAGGUGAAAAGGACGCCGAAGAGGUAUACCAGGAGCGGCGAUAUUCUGAAGAAGAGGAAGAAGAGCAACGCGACGGGAUGCGACGACUCGGCGAGCCGCUGGUACAGGGUUCUGUCGGCCAUUUUGUGCAAGGCGAGAAGAAAUUAAAAAGCGAAAAAUAA